UUCCAUUUGUAUGGCAGAAAGAAAAGCUUUUUAUCCGUUCACGAAAAAAAUCGGAAAACGGGAAUACAUUUCUAGUCGACGUUUCAUAGGAACAUUUUUGGAAAUUGCAAUUUAGUAUCGUCGCGAAUGCAGUGUGGAUCAAUACUCGUAAAACGUUGGAGCUCCGUGUACGCGAAAACUGAAAACCAAACACACAUACACACACAUAGAAUCCUUUUCCUUCUCUGCAUGUGUGUUGUGUCUGUGUGUGUUUGCUAACUGUAAAGGAAGAAAAAAUCUUGAAUUUUUUCGGGGGUAGACAUGAUUGUCCUUCAUCGGGUUUUGAGGAAUCUUAAAUAUUUUUGUUAAAAGAAAAUAAAAAAAAUUGAAACAUCUUCUCGAUUUGUUAAGCAAAAGUACGCGUACGGAGCAAGCAAACAAAGUGAAGCUAUUGUCUGAAAUAUUAUGUAAAAACAAGUAACACCAGCUACAACAUAGUAUAGUCAAACCCAACAACAUGAAAAUAAAAUCGCGCAAAAAUUACUAUAGCCAACAAAGUAGUGACACUGUUUUUGUUGUUGUUGACAUCAAAUGACAAUAGUCCUCCAUACAACAAAUUAACCACAAAAACAAAUACAACAACAAACACGGCAUACCGUUAUUAAAGAGAUAAAAAUAAAAACACGACAACAAUUUAAAUCACAACAAAUUAAAAGCAAAAAAAAAAAAAAAAAUACUCAAUCAUAGAAAUCUAAACAACAACAAAAGACAGAACCCCGUCAGUUUCAUGUGAACACCAUUAGAAAAGCAAAAAAAAAAGCUAAACUAAACAAGCCUUCGUAAAUAAAUAAUUCAGAAGCGUAUCGAGUGAGUUUAAAUGGCUUUUAUCGCUACAUUUGGAUAUUGAAGUGCAUGUCCCAGGCCAUAAAACGUCAACAUGAAAUGUAAAUAUAAACUAAAUUGAAGUGAAUUGCAGAGCGUACAACAACUUGCCUAGCUUAGCCAGCCGGUCGACCGUACACAUACACACUCACACAGUUACAACACCCGUUGGUAUCCUCCGAAUUUCGAAUCAAUAUUCCAUUUAGAUCAGCCUAAAAGUGCGGUUCGUGUGGUUUGGUUUUUUUUGGAACACGCAAAGCCAAUGCGGGAAGGCGUUAUUGCAACAUUGUAAUGAAAUUUUUCAAACAUAUCACCAGAUCCACAAGAUAUCGCGAAUAACAACAGCAGCGGCAGUAAUAACCAAUUUUAGGCAAAUUUUGAAAAUAGAUGAACCCAUGAAACGAAAAUAAAUAGAAAACUAAAAAAAAAAAACAAAAAAAGAGGAACGCUGUUGCAACAAAAAUGUUGUCUUUAGCAGGAUCCACAACAACAGCCGUUGAAUUCCCACUAAAUAAACGAGGGCACAGAAACCAAUCAAGAAGAAAAACAAUAUUAAGGCCAUCACCAUCAGCCCCUCCACCACCCCCACAACCAUUCUCAUCAGCAGUAGCAGCAGCAACAUCAACAGCCACUGCAAUUCCAUCAGAGACUGCAACAUCUUUGCCGCCAUUGCCGUUCACAUUAAACAUGGAUUCGAUGGAAGACUCAAUUUGUCCAGCAACAACAACAAUUUCAAAGUCUUCUUCAUUGUCGCGUAAUCCGCCAUUAAUCCAUCAUAAGACGUUGAUGCCCAACAUAGCCAUUGGUCAUCGUGGCAGCACAAAGUGCACCUUAUUCCGACGCCUGCAUUCGAUGUUCUUGAUUUCAUUGCUGGCCUUAAUCCUAUCCGGCUGUUGUUUGACCACAGCCGCGGCCUUCCAAUUGGACGGCUCCCAGAACUCAUUCGCCCAAUUUCGCAAAUGGUAUGUCGGCCUGAAUGGUUCCCUUGAACUGGAAUUCAAAACAGAGCAGCCCAACGGCCUGGUCCUGUACACGGAUGACGGUGGCACCUAUGAUUUUUUCGAAUUGAAACUGGUCGAGGGCGCCUUACGACUGCGCUAUAAUUUGGGUGGGGGUGCACAGAUAAUAACAGUUGGACGCGAUUUACACGAUGGACAUUGGCAUAAGGUUCAGGUCAUACGCAACGAUGAACAGACCUCUUUGAUUGUUGAUGGCGUUUCACAGAGUCGCACCACCAAGGGCAAGGAGUUUCAGUUCGGGAAAUUUGCCACCAAUUCCGAUGUCUAUGUCGGCGGCAUGCCCAAUUGGUACAGCACCAAAUUGGCUCUGUUGGCCCUGCCCAGUGUCAUCUUCGAACCAAGAUUUCGCGGAUCGAUUCGGAAUCUUGUCUAUGCCGACCAACCGGGUGGUCAGACGCGGCGCCAAGAAAUGAAACAGCCCCGCGACAUCAAGUGCGGCGAUGGGCCAUGCGAUCACAGCGAAAUGCCCAAGGAAAAGGUGACGCGCAAUUUGCGUGGCAGCAAUAUGACAGACGCCUGCGAACGCCAUGAUCCGUGCCAGCACGGUGGCAUUUGCAUAUCAACCGAUUCCGGCCCCAUCUGCGAGUGCAGAAAUCUAGAAUACGAUGGACAAUAUUGUGAAAAAGAAAAGGCCCCGUCGGAGGCGACUUUUCGCGGUACACAGUUCCUUUCAUAUGAUCUCGGUCAGACGGGUGCUGAACCUAUUGUCAGUGCCCAGGAUGCCAUAACAUUAUAUUUUCGCACCAGACAACCAAAUGGUUUACUAUUUUAUACGGGACACGGCACUGAUUACUUGAAUUUGGCUUUGCGUGAUGGCGGUGUUUCCCUAACCAUGGGCCUGGCCAAUGGCAAACAGGAAAUGCACAUCAAACCCUCGAAAAUACGUUUCGAUGAUCAUCAAUGGCACAAGGUUACGGUGCAUCGCCGCAUUCAGGAAAUCUCUUCGAUUACCAGUUUUUGUCGGCUUGUUACGGUUGUUGACGAUGUCUAUACGGAUCAUUCGCACAUCGCUGGCAAGUUUACCAUGCUCUCUUCUUCAAGAGUUUAUGUUGGCGGUGCUGUUAACCCAAGAGCAUUAUUGGGCGCCAGAGUUCACAAUAAUUUUGUUGGCUGUUUGAGAAAGGUUGAAUUCUCGGCGGACACUUUACUUUUAAAUCUAAUCGACUUGGCAAAAAGUGGCUCCAAACUCAUUCAGGUGGCUGGAAAUGUUGAAUAUCAAUGUCCUGUUGGCGACCCUCAAGAUCCUGUAACCUUUACAACACGGGAAUCUCAUUUGGUUUUACCGCCCUGGGAAACUGGCAAACAAAGUUCCAUUUCAUUUAAAUUCCGCACCAAAGAACCAAAUGGUUUGAUUAUCUUGGCAACUGGAUCCAAGCAACCCAGGUCGAAAAAUCCGGUUCUCUUUGCUAUUGAGCUGCUGAAUGGUCACAUCUACAUUCAUCUGGAUUUGGGUUCGGGCGCAGUCAAGGUUCGUGGCUCUCGCCGCCGAGUAGAUGAUGGCGAUUGGCAUGAUUUCACUUUGAGACGCAAUGGUCGUGAUGCUAAAGUUAGUGUCGACGGGGUCUGGAAUGAUUUCCGUACACCGGGUGAGGGCACUAUUUUGGAAUUGGAUGGCCAUAUGUAUGUGGGCGGUACUGGGCCCGCCUAUAACAAUGCCAAUUGGCCGCCAACUAUUUGGACGGCAACAUUGCGUCAGGGUUUCGUCGGUUGUCUGCGUGACUUGGUGUUGAGCUCGAAACAAAUUGACAUUGCGGCCUAUGCCAGGUUACAGGACUCGGCUUCUGUGAAGCCCUCCUGUCAUGUUCAGGCCAAUGUUUGUGCCGGCAAUCCCUGUUUGAAUGGUGGUACAUGCGUUGAAGGCUGGAAUCGACCCAUUUGUGAUUGUACCUCGACCCUGUAUUAUGGACCAACGUGUGGACGCGAAUCGGCUACUUUGGUGUUCAACGGAACCCAACACAUGACCGUGUGGCUGGGUAAUGGCCAAGGUACCAAAACCCAGACGGAAGAGCUACUGCUACGUUUCAAGACCAGCAGACCCACUGGUCUUUUGCUAAUGACCAGUGCGGAAUCGAAUUCGCCCGAUCGCCUCGAGAUAGCCUUGGUUGCGGGCCGGAUACGUGCCAGUGUAAGACUGAGUGAUCGUGAAAAGAACCUUUUGGCCGGCCAAUCCGUUUUAAACGACAACAACUGGCACACCAUUCGUUUCUCGAGGCGUGCCUCAAAUCUGCGUCUACAAGUUGACGGGGCUCCCCCUGUCAGGGGUAUGUUAUCGGAGACCAUUUUGGGACGCCACAGCACCAUCGAGAUACGCUCCAUACACUUGGGCGGCCUGUUCCAUGCCGAAGAAGAAAUACAAAUGACCUCGACAAUGCCGAAUUUCGUUGGACAAAUGCAGGGAUUCAUCUUCAAUGGACAGAGAUACAUCGAUAUUGUGAAAAGUCUUGGCCCUGAACUUUCGGCAUUACCUAGCGCCACCUUUAAACUAACUGCCCGAUUUGUCAACUCCCCACCAGGAAAUCCAUAUCAUGCAGCCACAUUCCGAUCCAAACACUCGUAUGUGGGUCUGCCAAUGCUGAAAGCAUAUUCGACCAUAUCAGUGGACUUCCGUUUCAAGACGGUUGAACCCAACGGCUUGCUGCUCUAUAAUGGCGGACGACGCAACGAUUUCGUUGCCGUCGAAUUGGUCAACGGCCACAUUCACUAUACGUUCGAUUUGGGCGAUGGCCCGAUAACGAUGCGCGACAAGAGUCGCCUACACAUGAACGACAAUCGCUGGCAUCAGGUCAGCAUUCGGCGACCUGGUCCCAAGACGCAUACUUUGGCCGUGGACGACUCGUUUGAGAUCAUAACGCUCUCGGGCAACAGUAUGCACCUGGAGUUGUCGGGCAUUCUGUAUAUAGGUGGUGUAUUCAAGGAUAUGUACUCGAAACUGCCGGCCUCAAUAUCGUCCCGUUCCGGCUUUGAGGGUUGUAUUUCUUCACUCGACUUGGGCGACACAUCACCAUCACUGACAAAUGACGCUGUAGUACCAAGCUCGCUUGUUGUGUCCGGUUGCGAGGGCCCAACAAAAUGUAGCCAAAAUGCAUGUGCGAACAGAGGCGUUUGUGUGCAGCAGUGGAAUGCGUACGCCUGCGAGUGUGAUAUGACAUCGUACACAGGACCGACAUGUUACGACGAAUCAAUUGCCUAUGAGUUUGGCAACAACAAGGGCAUCAUCCAGUACACCUUCCCCGAAAAUGCCCAGGCCGAUACGGAAGAGGAUAACAUUGCACUGGGUUUCAUAACCACAAAAUCGGAUGCUGUGUUGCUGCGCAUCGAAAGUGCCACCACCCAAGACUACAUGGAACUGGAGAUCGUCGAGGGCAACAUAUUCAUGUGCUACAAUGUGGGUACCCGUGACUUGCCUUUGGGUGAGAUCGGCACCAAAGUCAACGACAACACCUAUCACGUGGUAAGGUUCAGUCGCAAGGGUGGCAAUGCCACGCUCCAGUUGGAUGAUUACAAUGUUCAGACUUUGACGCCACAAGUCCACCAAUCAACCGUUUUCAAUACCAUGUCGAACAUACAAGUCGGAGGAAAAUUCAGUCGUUCGGGCCGGUCACGCAUCGAACGCCCCUUUGCCGGCGUCAUCGCCGGCCUGUCCGUGAACAAGUUGCGUGUCCUGGAUCUGGCGGUGGAACGUGACAGCCACAUAACCAUACGAGGAGAUGUUCAAUUGGUAACUGGAGUAUUAGAUAGAAAUGAUCUGCAAAGAAUGCAGCAGACACCGGCAAGUGGCUAUCCAGGUGCCAUCGAUGAUUUGAUAUUCUCUGGUGCUGGAUCGGGCUGUCGUGACGAUGACGAGGAUGAGUGUACACCACCCUUCGAGUCGAGUGGCGAUGACCUGAUCACCCCCGUCUAUGUGCCACCCACCAAACAGACCACCAUGCCUCAAAAUGUCAGUACCGACAAAACGAAUGGCACCGAACGGGCCUGCGAUGACGAAGAUUGCAUUCAUGGCUCGGGAGAUUAUGGCGAGACCACGGAACAGUUCACCUCGACGAGUACCGCCAAGGGAGCAGAAACACACAGCGAAGUGACCACCGACAGCGUUACACGAAGACAAGAUUCAACUACCGAACAACAGACCACAACCACUGUGGCCCAGACAACGCCACAGCAAACGACUGCUCUGAGCACCGUCGUGACCACAAGUCAAACUUCGCCACCAACUACCGUCCUUACCACAUCAUCGACGCAACGCACAACCAGCACCAGCACAACAACAACAACGACCACAACCACCACCACAACGGCAGCUACACCAAUACCCGAAAUACGCACCACAGCAACGGAACGGGAUACAACCACCUACGAUGUGGUGCACAUCUUCAAGUCGGACGACAAGAGUGAAAGCUCGAAUAUGAUUUACCCACAGAUACCCGAAGAUCGCCUGCCACCCCCACCGCCGCCACCACCCAUACACGACAAUGAUGGACUGCCCUAUUUCCCCCUGCCGCCUCAGACCCCACCCUACGGCAAUAACAAUUAUCGACCCAAGGGGAAGGGCGGUCGCAUCAACUCCAUCGAAGAGGAGCGCACAGCCAUGAUCAUCGGCAUCGUGGCGGGUAUCCUGAUCGCUGUAAUUUUAGUUAUUUUACUGGUUUUAUGGUUAAAAUCCAAUGGGGAUCGUAACUAUAAAACUGCUGGUGAAAAAACUAUUUACGGUACCCACAAUCCUAAUGCCUCACUGCUGGGCAACACGAGCACCAACGGCUCCUAUCACCAGCAGCGCCAGCAGUCGUCCACCACCAAUCACUUGCAAACGACGCAGGAUGCACGUUCGCGUUCUCACUCGGGCAUUGCCAUGCGCAACAAUGGCAACGCUGACAUGUGCGGACGAUCGCAGCCGAUGCGUGUCGAACGUGUCUAUCACGACUCGACGGAUCACAGCGAAGGCGAGGAUCGUCCCGGUCUAGUGAAAACGAAAAAACGUGACUCCAAAGAUGUCAAAGAGUGGUAUGUGUAAAUGUGUCACUCUCACUCACUCACUCUCUCUCUCCCUCCCUCUAUGUAUUUCGCUCUAUCUCUCUGUCUGUGUGAGCGCGCAGUGUAAACGAAUAAUAAACUAAUGUCAAAUUAGCAAUAACCAAACCAAAGAGUCAAACUUUAGCGAAAUUCCCGUGAAAUUAUAGCUCACACACACAAACACACAGGUGGGUCACACAAUUCCAAGUAUGUAUGUAUAAGUGAGUGCCCUUGUUGUCCAAAAAGUAAUACGAGGGUUGGGUAAACAGUCGAUAUUUAGCAACCAAAAAGAUGAAAAAAGUAUAUAACAAUUAUGACAUAUACAUAUUUAGUCUAGUUUAUUUAGAAGAGGCCUCGGUCAAUACAACAGCUCUAAACUACAAAAAGAAAAUAAUAAAAGCAAAACAAACAAGAACUUACAAAAUAAUAACGAUAAUGGAAAACAAAAAUCAGUCAAUGUACAAAUAAUUCAUUAAGAUGCAAUGAAAAUGAUAAUAAUUGGAAUGUAUUUCAUCGAAUUGGAGAUGGGUCACAACAGAGCUUUAGCCGAAAACAUUAUUAUCCAAGGAAUAUGAAAAGGUCAAAGGAGAAUCGAAUUCACACGGAUACAAACACACCAAUAAUUAUGACUCGCUAUUUGCAGAGCAUUAAUCAAACGAAUGUUCCUUUUUUCUACAAUGCAUUGUUGUUGGAGCUGUUUUGUUUUAAGGCAAAUAAACACCAAGAAAAUAAAAGAAAAAGAAAAACACACAUUAUACUUUUCUCCAAUUCCGAUGAGAUACAUUUCAAAAUCUGAUUAGAAUAUCUGUUUUUCGUUUUUUUUUUUUUUUUUUGGUUUGUUAAUACAUAGAAAUAUCCAUAUAAACACAUAGACUCAUGCAAACAUAUAGUAAUCGUAUACAUACAUAUAUCAUCAAUUCUAAUCAAUGAUAAUUCUAAUCAAUUACAUAUAUGUAUGUAUCUACUGAAAUGAAAUGAAAUGAAAUGAAGAGGAGAUUAGAAGACCAAACAACGGGAGAAUAUAAGAAAACGUCAAAGGGUGGCGGGAGUUUAAAAAAAGAAAACAAAAAUGAUAUUCAAGCCACAGGACUGAUGUGAUUUGAAGCCAAAUGUGAGGUCGUCGAGCUUUUGAAAGAAGCGGUUUCAAAUUCCCUAAAACAUUUAAAUGCCAAGGAUUAAUUCAUUGAUUAAUUCAAAGGGUAAUUUCUAGCGAGUUCUAUUAAAAUUGAGUUUGAAAAUAAACUUCGGUGAGUGUAUUUCUUUGCGUGUGUAAAUGGAGGAUAAGGCGUUACUUCAGUUGUAGUUUUUAUACCCUACACCACAUAGUGAUAAGGUCUUUGUCUUUGUAACAUAGAGAAGAAAGAAUGACAGCAAAAAAUGUGAAUUGGUCACCUUUGGCACAAAUUAUGGCCAUCAAACGUCCAAUGAAACUGUCACGCGAUGACCGAAAGUUGUUCUGCGGACACUUUGAUAUUUUUUAGUGCCAACCUUGCUUUCCAAAAUACUCCAGACACAAUAGUCCAAAGGUUUGGUAUCCGGUUUUGGUGACCAUUAUGCGCUGAAAAUGAAGCGAGGAACCUGAUUUGGGACCAUUCUUGGGUGCCGCAUGCUGAGUCCUGUUGGAAUGUCCAAGGUUUACUGCCAAAAUGUUUGCGUGCCCAAGGCUUUAAUACAACCUCCAGAAUAUUUUUGCGAUAAUAUUCGGCAUUUAUUCUGAUGCCACGGUCGAUAAAUACGAGUGGAGAGCGACCAUCGGCUGUUAUGACGGCUCAUACCAUCACCAUGGCCGGCGCUUGAGUUCUGGUGGCCAACCGAAGGUGCACAUUUUCAGCUGACCUCUUUGGCAAGUAAACACGAUCAUUUUGUUUGUUUACAAACUGCUGAACAAGGAAUGUUUUCUCAUCGGAGAAAACCAAAUUCCCCACUUUCGGCCAAGCGAAAUUUUGGAAUUUCAAUGGCUUUACCCCGACCUCAUUUUUCAAUAUUUCCGAAAGUAUAUUGCGAUAUGUUCAUGCAUUUUGACACAUAUGUUUCAACCGAUUUAGUGUUAAAGUCCCUCACAUGCACCCACAAGAAUAUUUGGUACCAGAUAUCAGAUGUAGUCCAGAAAUAACUCUGUCAAAUUUUAUCGAGAUCGGAUCAGAUUUUGAUCAGUUUAUUGUGCACCAAAUGGCUAAUAUCAGCCCAAAUGAAUUGACUCUUGGCAAUUCCGACUGAAUUCAUCCAAAAAACACGAUUUGGAUAUACAUUUUUGCAAAUCCGAGGGAAUUCAGUCCAGAAGCCAGUACUUCAAAUUUUGGUGAAAAUCGGUUCAGAUAGCUAUUAUAUAUAUAUUUCAUCGGAUUUAGUGUUAAUGUCCCUCACAUGCGUAAUAUGCACUCCACAACAAUGAUAUUUGACAUCAGAUACAGCUCGAAAAUACCUCUACCAAGAAACACGAUUUGGAUAUAUAUUUUGGGACUUCCGAAGGAAUUCAGCCCAGAAGCAAAUACUUUAAAGUACUUUGAAAUCGUUUCAGAUAGCUCCUAUAUAUAUAUGUUUCAUCCAAUUUAGUGUUACAGGGACUUUAACAUGCGUAUGAUGUACUCCACAACAAUGACAUCUGGUACCGGAAAUCAGAUACAGCUCGAAAAUACCUCUACCAAAGAUCGGUUCAGAUUUGGCUUCCAAAGACAUACUCAUCCGAUUUUACGGUUAUUGUUCACCAUAUAUGUAAUAUCAACACAAAUUGGAUAUCAACACUUGCGGGAAAUUUGGUUACAUAAAAAUAGGUAUGGAUCUACUUAUUGAGGAAUAUAAAACAGUCUUCGAAGGAUUCUAGUAAUUUUCAUCUGAAGAAUAUAUUUUGAAAAAAUUGACUAACGGAAAUUUGUUUAAGUCAGGAUACUUCCUUUUCUUAGUUUCUACUGCAGUAAUUUUAGUUUGUGUAUAUUUUUAGGACACAUUCUAAGCUUCUUAUACUUCCAAAUAAGAAGAAAAAAAUUUAGUUUUUUUUUUAAGUCGCAUGAGUGCUGAGUUGGCCGCUAAAAAAAUUUCCCAUCUACUCAGAAGUGAACAUUUCUAUCAAAUCGAUUCCAAUUCAAUUUAUUUUCACUUUAGUCUCUUAAGUAACUUAAAGGGAAUUUAAUACACAUUUCUUUGAAAACUCGAACGAUAAUGACUGUGACUGAAACGCUCACAUGAUACAGACGGCCUCAAUGUCACUUCAAGGUUGUUUGAAUAUUGUUAUUUGAUAUUCAUUCCACCCCCAAUCCUCAACUUCAAAUAAAUACUGCAAGGAGGAUACCAAAACUUUAUUUCAACUAGAAAUGAAACAAAUAGAAAACGAUUAAUUUAGAUAGCUUUUAGACUUCGUCGAGAACUUCUAAAACAAACACAAUCAUAUUCACUUUUGUGGGGGACUCCCUCUCAGCCACUCUCCCCCUCAAAAUCUCCCGUACAAAUGAUUGAAAAAGAUAAACCACUUCGAAUGUUAGACCAUUAAACAGGAACAUGAAAACAGAGAAAAGCAUAAGGAUAGGAAUAAGAGUAGAAAGAAGAAGAAAAACAAGAGUACUUUAAGAAUUUGUGCCAUAGUAAUUUAAGGAACAAAGAAAGAACCUAAGUUUAGAUCUGAUUUGUUUUAUUUGUUGUUUGGUACUUGUAUUCGCGCUGUAAAGUCCUAGUGUAUGUAUGUAUGAAUGAAGAAUGUAGAUAAUGUGAGCGAUUAGUUAGAUGCCAUUGUAUUAUACAGAUAUUACAAAACAAAACAAACAAACGAACCCAAAUAUAUGACAAACUCAUACACACACACAUACAUAUGUACAUAUCCUUGUAUGUAUGUCUAUGCGUAAUCUUAAAUAAAUUAAAUGUAACAAAUAGAAGAAAAUGCUUUAAACCCCUCCCCCUCUGAAUGUAUACGGACACACGAGUGCGAGUGUUUCGUUAGUCAAAAAUAUGGUACUCUCUCUCACGCUCUCAUACACGUGACAAUAGAGAAGUAGUGACAUUUUAGCAAAACCCAUGAGAGCAAGAGAGCACACGUAGGAGAUAAGGUGUAAAAUAAUUAAACGAAUAUGCUAAUGUAACUCCUCCCCUUCCCCUCGUAUAAUGAAAUGUGUAAUAUUUUUAGCAAGUUAGGCUUAUUUUUUUGUAAGAAUAUUAAGAAAUGCAAGCAAAAACAACAAAACAAAAGAUAAAUAUUAAAAACGAAGGAGGAGAUUUGUUGAUUGUUUUUUCCGUUUGUUGUUAGGAAGUAAAAAUCGCUGGAAAUUGAAGUGGUUUUCUUAAUAAAAAUAAAUACACACACAAAAAAAAAAAAUAAAUAAAAACUAAAAAAACAAAAAUUAAAAUCUAGGCAAAGAUGAAAUCUUUAGAAAAUACUUUAAAACAAUAUUACGCUAAAUCUUCAUAUACUUUAAUAUUAAAUAAAAACGAAGUACACAAGAGGUUAAUGUUCAGCAAAUAGACACAGACACACUCACACACUUUACACACUCUUUAAACAUUUAAACAAUACACUCUUACGGUAUGGGUAAAUACCAACACAUGCAUACGCAACUUUGCAAAAGGUCCUUAAUUUUAGAUUCCUUUAUUUAUUUCCCUCUCUAAACUUAAACCGUUAUUGUAAAAUUUACUUAAAACAACAAGGUGCUGUAAUCUAUUAAAACAAAACAGAAUAAGACAAAAAAAAAAAAACUGAAAAUGAACAAAAUAAUGGAAAUUAUUAACUAAUUAUACAAAAAAUAAAUACCCCUUCAGCGUAUUUAAAAAUAACACAAAAAUCCUAUUAUUAAAUUUCAUUUCACUCUUUAAAAAUUAAAAACAAAAAAAAUGCAAAUAUUAUUAAACAUAAAAAACAACUUCUAAAAAUCGAUUAUAUACACAAUUACACAUACAUUACACACACAUUUAUAUACAUAGAUAAUAAACAAGCGUUUAGACAAAUAUAAAUAUAUACACUUAUUACUUACAAACUUAUAUAAGGGCUUUAAAUUAUUUUUAAGAAAAACAAAAACAAGAAAUGACAAAAAACAACAACUCUUUUUUUCGUUUAGAAAGCUUAAUUUAUAACAACUCUAUAUAUAUUUAAAAAGAAAAAACAGCAGCGACUGGCUACAAAACUUAUUAAUAAUCUACAAAAUGUUAAUGGAAUCAACAAUACCCACUACAAUACAGCAACAACAAACAAUCCAAGAGAAUGCAGCUCAAAACAAAUAUCAAUAUUUUCCAAAUUGAUUGGGAAAACACGAAACAUUUCGUAUUCAAAAGAAAUAAACCUUUCGUUUAUUCUUUCUUGAUCAUCUGCCAGGGAAGAGAAGAAAAGUGAGGGAAACAAGGAGACCAUUUACGGAGCAAUGGAACGUAUAUACCAUAGAGUCUACCUUGUGGACUAAAUAAUGAAGAAUAUGAGUCUUCUGUCUAAGGAAGUACUAAAUAAUGUCCGAAUUAUUUCCAUACAGACAGAAUUUAAUAUCCACACCUUUUGCAAUAUUAGAGUUGUAAUUCAUAUAACUUCACUUGUAAUUUCUAAUAUUUCCCUUGUAAUUCGAUAUUCGCAAAAUUUCAAUUGAAAUUCGAGAAAUUCAUUUGUGAUUCGAAACGUCUCAAUCGUAAUUGGAGAAUUUCAGUUAUAAUUCAAAAAAUUCCAAUUUUAAUUCGAAUUAUUACAUUUUUAUACACUGAGCCAUAUGGCUAAGGAGUGUAUAUAUCAUUUGAUACGGCCAAAACUUGCCUCAUAGAAAUAAUGGUUUUACACCCUAGGUCUCUUUGGACCAAAUUCGUUUCAGGACAUUUGGAAUCGAUCUAGCGAUGUCCGUCCGUCUGUCCGUCCGUCUGUCUGUCUGGUUGGUACGCAGGAUAACUCUCGAAGGGAGUAUCCGAUUUGAUCCAAACUUGGUACAUUGUACUAUUAUUGUCAAACUUAGAUCGAGUUCGGAGAUGGGCAAUAUCGGUACACUCCUUUUGGAACCUCCCAUACAAAAUCUCAACAUUUUCUAAGAAAAUAAAUUACUGCACAGAAAAAGAAGGGAUAAUCAGAUUUUGCUCCUAAUAUUUGCAUCAGAGCUAGUUUAUGUGCGAAAAUUGACGAUAUCGGUCUACUCCAACAAGUUCCGCCCCCACAAAGGGUCAAAAUUUUGAAUAAUUAUAACUCUUAUAAAAAGUAAUGUAAAUGUCGCAUUAUCUUCAAAUUACACACAUCACAAUAUUUUCAUUAACCUAAGGGUUGGUGUGAAGAUCAAAUAUAUCGGUAAACUUCCCCCACAAAUGGUCAGAGUUUUGAAUAUUCAUGAAGCUCAUAAAACACGAAAUUAGCAUCCAAUUCCAUUCAGACUUGGCACAUCUCAAUAUUUCCAUCAACACAACAUCAUUCAUAAAGAUGAUAGAGAUCGGAUCAUUCCUUCUGGUACCUCCCCACAAAGGGUCAAAGUUUUGAAUAACGAAAACGAUCAAAAAUCUGAAAUAAGCAUCCGGCUCUUUUCAAAUUACACACAUCACAACAUUUUUAUUAAACCUAGGUCUGGUGGGAAGGUGGAAUAUAUCGGUCCACUCCUUUUGAUAUCUGCCCCACAAAGGGUCAACAUUUUGAAUAUUCAUAAAACGCGAAAUUAUUCUUCGAUUUCGUUCAGACUUGGUACUUCUCAAUAUUUGCACCAACACAAGAUCUGUCAUAAAGAUGGUAGAGAUGGAACGAUUUCUUCUGGUACAAAAAAAAAAAACGCUUAAAGCAAGCGAAAUAAUAAAAAUAAUAUAUCUUUGCCGUUAUUGGAUUCUCUGUUCAUAAACUUUACUCAAAGAGCUCAAAUAAAUUCGCAAAUAAUGUAUUUGCCAGGUAUUUUGCUCUGAAAACUGGAAAUUUAACCCCCACCUCUUUUUCUUCUCCUUUUCUCUGAAGUUGGUCAAUUACAACAAAUAAUUUAAUAAAAACAAAAGAAAAGCUUAAAUCAAAAAUUAUUUGCAAUAAUUCAAAGCACCAGUUCUAAUUUUGAGUUGCAUUUGUCUAAUCCAAAAAAAGUAAAACACAAAAAAAAAACAAAUAGAUUUUGGCAUAUUUUUGAAGACUUGAAAAAAUACUUUGAACAAAAUUUUUCGCAUACAUAUGUCACGAGAAGACUUAUGGAAUUUUUUUGUAAAAAAAAAAACAAAAAAAAAACUCAAACAUAUCAAUAUUGAUUAAAACAAAAAACCAACAAGAAACCAAAAAUAACAAAUGAAUGAAUAAAACACUUUUUGUUUAUAUACAACAGCAUUUGAGAUAUACAAUUUUUUACAAUUUUUUUUGUAUUAUUGAAAGCUUUUUUGUACACAAUCAAAUAUAUCUCAAAAACAACAACAACAAGAAAAUCAACAUGAACUAUUAACAAAUGCUUAAUUUUUGUUUUUACAAACAAAAAAUAUACGAUUUUCAUUACCUUUGCCUGGCAUACAAAUCUAUUAUUUGUUCCGAAACUAAAUAUUUAUUACACACAGACACACACACACAAACAAAGUUAAAGCUGCACAAGGAACUUUUUGCAUUUAUAAACAGUAAAACAAACAACAACAUUAUCUCAAAAUACCAAUUUUUUCCAUUUAAUUCUGCUUUUUGAUCGAAUUUUCUAGAGCCACAUUUUCCACAAGAAAAAAAACCAAAAAGGACAAAACCAAAGGGUUGUGCGAUUGAUAUUAAAACAGUACAGUGAAAUUGGAGUUUUAAAACAAAAAAAUAUAAAGAAUGAUCGGAACUGUAAUCACAAAUUUAUUGGAUAUUAGAUAACCGGCAAUUUAUAAACUACAAUAUUGCAAAGUUCAAUAACAUAAUGUCGUUUUUAAUUAUGACACAUAUUAACUAGACGAAUAUUGGGAACAAGUCUUCUAACAAAAAAUUCUUUAUUAAAGUCCUUUUUUCUGAAUAUUUUCCAUUGGGUUUUUGGGGCUAAAUUUCUCCAUGUGUUAGAUUUUAUGAUACAUUUGGGAUAAUUUGAAAUAUCUCUAGUUUAGUAAAAACACUUUGAUUUUUUCGAAAUAUUUUCCAGAGGUGGGUAUUUUUACCUUGAUUUCGGGAAACUAUUUUUUUCAUGGGGGACGGACCCGGAACCCCAGGUUUCUAACCCGAAAGUCCAGGUUCAAGACCCGGAUCCACUUAUAGGUAUCGUUUGAAGGCUUAUGAAAUUACCUAUCCAACAAGUGGUUACAUAAUUGGGUUAUUUAUAGCGGUUCUGAAGUUCUUGUCAAAUUAUCGAUUGGACUCCGAAUUUUUAUAAAACCACCAAAAAGGCGAAAAAGGGACAACAAAAUUUAUGCCAAAUUAUAGCUUACACUCUUAUCUUUCCAAAAUGCUACAAUUUGUGUCAAAAAAUUGGAGUCACGGGUCCGCCCCCAAGAAAAAAUAAGUUUCUCGAAUCAGGGUAUAUAUAUACUACCUGUGAAAAAAAUCGAAAUCCGAAAUAUUUGCAUAAGCAUGGUUGGUUGAAAUUUAAAAAUUAUUCAAUACGCUUUUGAACUAAUACAGAUCCAUCAUUAGAUUUUUCUUUGGCGUUACUCGUUAAAAAAAUAAAUAAAAACAACGACAACGUUGGGCGCCAUUGUGCCUUACGGCAUGAAUGUUCAUAUCGUAAAAAAACCUACUCCUCAUCGUGUAAGAGGAGAGCCGAUUGAUAUGUUAAACUUGACUACGUAACUUUACAGUACUUGGAGAUUUCGCCCUCCUGCUGAGGUGGUUGAGGUCUAUAAUCUAAAUUAUGUUCUUCCUUCCAUCACUUUUCCCUCUUGCGACCAUGAAGUCCUGCAUUGUUUGUAUAAGAUCCUUACUUCUAGUUCAAAACACCCUUCCGAUCCAAAUUUCGGGGUUUGCAAACAGUUACUAGCUUGGCCUUUGGCAAGAUUCGCCAAAGCUUUUAACUCACUUUUCUCUUUUGCGACCAUGAAGUCUUGCAUUGUUUGUCCUAACUUCUAGUUGAAAACCCCCUUUCGAUCCAAAUUUCGGGGUUACAAACAGUUAAUAGCUUGGCCUUUGGCAAUCUUCGCAAAAAUUGGCUGUACAAGGAAAUCAUAAGAUAUAUAUAUAUAUAUAUAUAUAUAUUUUUUUUUUUUUUGUUUUUCCGCACCUUAUUAAGGGAAUUUAACUAGAAAAAGAGAGAUUUGUGUAAUGCACUCUGAGAGAAUAGCUUUGCCCAGAAAGUACGGGCAGCUGGGAACCAUGCUACUAUGUUUUACACCGCUGCACCCAGGAAAAGGUAGUAAAAGAUAACAUCGUAUUUUUUGUUGUUUCUCUGGAAGCAAAGACUUAUUUGAGAGAACGCAUUUUGAGUUAUCAUAAUAAAGGAGAUAAAUCCACCUGGUGUCUUGUCCCAUCUUUAUACUUCUAUGUCUUUGCUGCAAAUUUUACUAGUUUUUUAGGGAAGCGAAACAAUAAAAACAAAUAACCUGGCUAUGUUAAAACAAAAAAAGUAACGAUACAUCUUUUGAUGCUUAAAAAAACGCUCUAAGAAUCUGCCGUCUAUUCCCAGGAAUAUAAUAUCAUUUACCCAGUUUCCAAGCCAUUUUUGGAAUAAAUUAAAUAUUCUUAGAGCUAUGGUUAAAAGUAUCACAAAUUUUCUGCACCAUGUUUUCUGGUUGUAACGUAGAAGAGCGAAAAUAGAUCUGAUUCGAGGCAUUCCCCACCGGCAAAAUUGAAAAAGUAUUGAUGAUACCACCAACAACAUUUUAGCAUAUAUAAUAUUUAGCAAAAUAUCUAGAAAGUCAAAUUCGAUUUCAAAAUCUUCUGAGGCGUAUUGAAAAAAAAAAAACGGAUUAAUUUUAAAUAUUUUAUAUAUUUUAGUGGGAAUGAAAGUGAAAUUGUUUUUUUUUAUUUUGAUGGGAACAGAUUAAUCGCACAACACUUCGAAUCGUUUAAAAAAAAUCACACCAUGCUUAAAACAAAACCAAAACAGUUUCAAAUAUUUUAGUUUUGUUUGUUUCUGUAACAGAGAUGUCCCACCAUUUUUUUAUGUAAUGCAAUUAAAAAAGUUUACAACAAACCGUAAAAGAGAAAAUACAAAUAAACAGAGCAGAGUUACUAAAUAAUGCAUGUCAUCAAUUACCAGGAGAAUCUAUAAAUGCCUCUUCCCCCAAACUAGAGCCCCGUUAAUUUUUGUUAGGCUUCAAACUCAUUCCUAAACAACAACAAAAACACCAAAUUUACUUUUUUUAUUCCUUCCAAAACACUAUAUAAAUACAUAUAUUACGAUAUUAAUAUUAUAUUCACAUAUAUAUAAGGGUGUACUGAAAAAAGCUAAUCUUUUUUGUGUAAGUCUUAUUAGGGAUGCUUAUUACAAAACUUUUUUUCUUGUAAUAAGUUUUUUUGAAUAUAUGUACAUAUUUAUUGAACAAUAAAAUUGGAUUUUAUUCAUUGAAAUAUUUGGCCAAUUUUCUAAAAAUUUAACUUUUUCGGUACCCCUUAAUAAACAAAGGAGUCCUGAGUCAGACAAAUGUAACUGUAAAUGUUUAUGUUUUCAAGGUGUACUACGUCUUUAGGUUCAAGUUUGAAAUCGGAUGUUUGUAUUUGGGAGCUAAUAUUUAAUAUUAUAUGUCUAAGAGCUAUAUCAAGAUUUGAAAUAAUUUCUACAAAAUGUCUCAGAGAUACUUCUAAGAUGUAUUUGAAACUUUGUACAGACUAAAAUACAUAUAUUGUGCCGAAUAGAGUGCUUAGUGCGACAUUGUAAGGUAUUGAAAAUCAAAUCGGUAAAAAGGUAUAUUUUGGGAGCCUGAUCCGAAAAUCGCAAAAUUAUAUGGACUCUGUGUGUUUUAAGCCGUUUUUUAAAUAAUUAUGAAAUGGGAUUAAAAUAAAUAUGGCCAAAUUUGAAAUCAAUUUCAAUAGUAUUCUUCCUUGAGCCAAACAAAUGAACUGUACAAAAGUCGGACGGACCUGCACAAAUCGGCAUAUCAAGAAAGUAAUGGGACUGUCUUGUUACAAACAAAGGCAUAGUAGUCUGUACCACAGUCCGGCGUAGGGUUAAAAAAAACAGUGUGUUCUGAUUCCGAAACACUCAAUUUUGAGAAGACUGUUAACAGUUUAAACAGACCCGCUAUGAAUUCAAACAUUUGUGUUUUACUUUGUCUCAUUUCCAGAAUGCGAAAAUCUAUUAAUUUAGAAAAUCGUAUUGGAAAGCCUUUCCCGUACCCAUUUUAUACCCUCAGUCAUAUGAUACGACCAAAAGGUGUAUCAUCGAAAUAUAGGUUUAAGAGCCUAGGUCUCUUUGGACCUCUUUAUUUAACAUUAAUUAACAUCCGAUUCCAUUCAGACUUGGCACAUCUCAAUAUUUCUAUAAACACAGGAUCUGUUAUAAAUAUAGUAAAGAUCGGAGCAUUCCUUUUGGUACCUCACCCACAGAGAAAUCCGAUUUUUAAUAACAAAACGCCCUAAAAUAGCGAUAUAAGCGUCCGAUUCUUUUCAAACUUCACGCAUCUCAAUACUUUUACUAUCACAAGAUAUGGUGUAAAAAUUAUAGAUUUUGGGCUAUCCCUUGUUGUACCAACCCACCCCCCCCCCCCCCAAAAAAAAAAAAAAAAAAUCUUCAUUUUAAAUACCAAAAUGCCUCAUAACUUGCGAAACAUGUCUUCGAAACCACCCCCAUAAAGGCUUAACAUUAUGUAUUAUAAAUAACAGAUGGCCAAAUAAGUUUAAAUAAAGGGACAAGAGCUGAGUGUAAACUUCCGUAGGCAAAAUCCGACUGAUACUUUUUAACUUGUAUUUUGAGUAAUAAUCUCACAAAAAAAAAAAUGGGAAGUAAGUUUAUUGGUCGUUGACAUUGCCCCUAAGUUAAAAAUUGUUUGCUAGCUUCCUCUCCCGCCUGUCUUAGUGAAUAAUUUCUCUCCGAUCGAUUCAGACAGUUCGCUUGUUUUCAAAUGAUUAAAAACUGUGCCAUAGCUUUCAUUUACAUAGGCUUUCCUCUUCUACGUUUACAUUGACGUUACAGUUACGUUUGUCUAAAUUCAGCUUAUCAUCUUAUACACGUUUUUUAUACACACUUGUAGGCUAAUAUAUACUCUUUAUUACAUCUUAAUUGUAGUAUAUAUAUACAUACCUACAUACAUUGCAUAUAUAUAGUAUAUACAUAUUGUUACAUACAUAUAUAUACACAUAUACAUACAUAUAUACAAAUAAAAUUAGAAUACAAUGAAAAGAAACAGAAUGAAUAACGAAAAGUAUAGCAAAUGCAAACAACAGAGUAACAAAAGGUUUAGAAAAUUGAAUACAAAUUAAAAAGCAAAAAUACAACAAAUUACAAACAAUUAAUACGAAACAAUAACAGAUACAGAGACAUAUAAACAACGUAUAAUCAAUCAUAAAUAUAAAUAUUUAUUUUUUCAAAAAGUUCUAUACUUUAUUAGAAGCUCAAAAAAAGUUGUUUUUAGAUCUUCUUAAAUUUUGGCAUAAUAUUAUUAUUUUUUUUAAUAUAAUGGAAACUAUACUGGAAUACCCGUAUGUUUUAUAGAACCCGAUUCCAUUUAAGAUAUUUUACAGAAUUUCUGAACAAACCUCACUUAACCUUUCAAAGACAUCUGCCAAUAGUUCAUUUAUAUUCUGAAAAGUCCCUUUAUAUUCUAAAAAGGAAAAAAAUUCAAAAUAUUUUCAAUCAAAAAUAACUUCAAUAUAAAACGGGCAUAAAAUGGCAAAACUGAAGAAUUUUUCACAGUGUAGAAAAUUCAAAAUAAGAAAACAAAACCCUGGGAAAAGCUAAAAGGCAAUCAUGCAAAAUUGGAUUCCCAUAUGUCUAAAGAAAUAACAAAUGUGUCCAGUAUAGCCCAAUCCAAAGUUGACUUGACUUUCGAAAAGAAAGCUCCAAACGUUAGUAAUUUCUUAGAAUUCGAUUUCUGUUUAGCAUACUUUCAAAUGCUUUUAACAUUUUACUUCGAAACACUCAUUCAAAAUUAUGACACCAAAACCAAUUCAAUUAUUUAUUUUUAGGAAAAAAUAUUUUUUCUAAACAUAAUCUUUUUGAAAAAGCUUCUUUUUUUGGUUAUUUCCAACACACCCAUACUAUUUCAAUACAAAGAAAAUAACAGUUGGGCAGCUAC